CCUUGUUGUGAGCGGAGCUGCCUUCGCUGCGGCUCUGGAGAACCGGCCUCCUGGACUCGGCAACAUGAGCGGGUCUCCUCCGGGGCAGUCGCGGAGCUGAGGGAGCCGCGGGUCGCUUUACUUCUGUUCGGCAUGGAGGCUGGUUUCAGUACACGGCUGCGACAGUGGGGCUGUCGACUGGGCCUGCUGCUGCUGGCCUCCCAGCUCUUCCAGGUGGGUCUGGACAGCAUCCCCCCCGUCACCCUGGCCGUCCUGGGACUCAUCAUCUACCUCCACCUGUUCCCUGCAGCUCCACUGAUGCAGGCCAGUAUGAGCGUCGAGCAGGUGUACUGGCAUGGAGAUUGGCUCCGCCUCCUCCUCUCCCCGCUGCACCAUUUAAAUGACUGGCACCUGUACUUCAACAUGGUUUCCUUCCUGGGGUCAGGAGUCAAUCUGGAGCGGCGGCUGGGCGGGGCCUGGCUCCUCUACCUGCUGUCAGUCUUCACUGUGCUCACUGGAUUGGUCUAUCUGGUGCUGGAGGCGGGGCUUACAAAAAUCACCAGGGACCAGUCGUACAGCAGGCGGAGUGUUGUUGGUUUCUCAGGCGUCCUGUUUGCUCUGACGGUGCUUACUGACCAUUACCACCCAGGAGGCGUGACCUCUGUGAUGGGCAUCCAUGUGUCCAAUCGCUACGCCAUCUGGGUGGAGCUGGUGCUGAUCCAGCUGAUAGUACCUAGGGCGUCCUUCAUCGGCCACCUUGCUGGUAUCCUGGUGGGUCUGCUCUACACCACUGGACCCCUGAGGAAGAUCAUGAAGGCAUUUGCAGGGUUUAUGACAUUUAACGAAUAUUACUCACAGCCAAGCACGGACUUCUACUCCUCAGUGUGUGUGUGUGUGUGCAUGCUUGGCUGCAUGUUUGUAGGCUAUAGAGGCUUCCACUUCCACUUCUCAGAGGAGGAGGAGGUGAAUCGUGAGGAGAUCAGGAGGAGGAGGCUGAUGAGGUUUGACCGCAAAAUUCCACAUGAGCAGAGAUACAGCCGGAGGACUUCAGUUCAAGAAGGAGCUGUGCUACAUGAAAAUAAUCUCCUCCAUCGCGCAGAAGACAAGCAACAGCUGCAAAAAGAGAGACUGAACUCCAAGGACAAGCCCGUGGCAGCGUCCAGCAGCCAUCCCUGCCCUCACUGCACCAAAAUAUGUGGCUCUCGCAUUGGCCUUUACAGCCACCUGAGGACCCACCGCUAGAUAACCCCUGAUGAGGACAUCUCACUCACCUGGAGUUCCUGAUGCUAUUGUAACCUGGUCCAGCAGUCAACCUGGGCUCCCCCCUGCUGGUGCUGUGUCCUCCUUCAGUUCAGAGGAUGUAAAACCACCGGCCACCCGGGAGGAACUCACCACAACACAACAAGGUGACACCCUUUCAAAACGUCACUAUUCCUGGCCAGGAAGAAGCCAAGAAGAAGAAAAUGGCCUACAUUCUUGAUGAUGGCCUGUUGAUGCGUUGCUGGGCUAGUAAUGUCUCAGAGGAUGUGGGUGGGAAUGAGACUUAGCAGGUUGUUGUGCCUACAGCCUACCGAUCCCAGGUGUUAUCCUUAGCCCAUGACCAUCCAUGGUCAGGGUAUAUGGGAAUCACAAAAACCUUUAACAGGGUCCUCAAGCAUUUCUUUUGGCCAGGACUCAAACCUGAUGUGGUUCAGUAUUGUCUUGCCUGCCAUGUGGGUCAGGUCUCUGGCAAACCAAAUCAAGUGAUUCCCCCUGCUCUUUGCUCCAUCAUUCCGGUGAUGGGUGAGCCAUUUGAGAGGGUGAUCGUUGACUGUGUAGGACCACUACCAAAAACUAGAGCUGGGAAUCAGUUUUUACUAACAAUUACGUGUGCUUCUGCUACAUUUCCAGAAGCCAUCCCGCUACGAAAAGUCACAGCUUAAGUCAUCACCAAAGCUCUGGUAAAGUUCAGUUUUUGGUCUGCUGAAAGUGGUUCAAACUGAUCAAGGCACAAUUUUCAACUCUAAGGUGUUUGCCCAUGUACUCAAAACACCAGGAAUUAGCCAUGUAACAUCCAUCCCCUACCGUCUGGAAACCCAGGGAGCUCUAGAAAGUUCCCAGCUCAUUUCAGCCUGGUGAAGAAGUUUUGCUGCUUUUGCCUCUACCUGGUUCUACUCUCUCUACUAAAUUUUCCGGUUCGCAUGUUGUUGAAAAGAAACCCAGUGAAACCAGGUAUGUCAUCCUAACUCGAGAUGGCAGGCGACGGACCGGGGUAUGUCAUGUCAACAUGAUGAAGAUAUAUCACUCCAGAGAGGAUCGUAACGAGUCACAUUCAGCCCACAGUGUGAAAACUGCUGUCUCACCUGUGGCUUCUGGGUCAAAGGUGAGCACUACUAGUGAUGGUGAUGAUGCUUUGGUGAUGUGUAAUGCUGUCGUCCCAGUCCCUAAAUCCAGCCGCCCCAUGACACUGAAUGAUUUUAGAUCGGUGGCUUUGACUUCAGUCAUUAUGAAAAUCUUUGGAAAACUGGUACGUUUGGAAAUUUUGAAAGAUAAAGAGAGUGGAAUGGAUCGAUUGCAGUUUGCCUAUAGUCCCAAAAGAGGAGUGGAGGAUGCUACACUCUGCUCAACCUGCUUUUUUAACACCUGGAAGGGAGUGGGUGUCAUGUGGGAGUGGGAGCACUUUUAAAAAUAGUUUUUUUUUUUUAAAGUAUGCUGAUGAUUCUGUGAUUGUUAGCCUGCUUCAGGAAAACGAAAACAAUCAUGGCCCUGUCACUGACAACUUAAAAAAUGUGAGGAUUCACCUUCAGCUCAACAUUUCUAAAACUAAAGACAUGGCCAUUGAUUUCAGGAGGAAUGGAAUAUCUUGGGACCAUCAUUGACUCUACACUGAAUUUCAAAGAAGACUGUGUAGCUGUGAGCAGGAAGGGACACCAGCGUUUGUUUUGUCUGCGGAAGUUGUCCCGUUUCACAUUGAUAGGACCAUGAUGAGACUUUUAUCAUGCUUUUACUGAGACUGUUUUAGCUUUUUCACUGGUGUCAUGGUUCAGAAAUCUGCCCUUAACAGGUUUUAUAUUGGUAAUUUUAGUGAUCUUUUAUUUUAUCUUACUCUGCUGAUCAGUGAGCCUUGUGAGUACUCGUCCAUGUCUCUGUUAUGUGUUGUUUU